AUGAACGACUACACACGAAGGAUCGAUAUCCGUGGUCAUCGAAUUGCACCACUCAACGGCGACACCGCAGUCUACUCGAGUCUUGAAGCAAGAUGGGCAUAUCAUCACCACAAGCCAUGGAAUGGAAAGUUUCAUCACUUUAAUAUAACAGAGGACUUUUGCAUCGAUGACCAUGAUCAUGAAGCUCCUCAGAAAACACCUGAUGAUUAUUUCCCACUUUUAUACAGCCCGCUCCCGGCAGACCUUCCCCUUAUCGACAAAGAUAAACUUUUCUAUGUUGCUGCAUACACAGGGGACAUUGAUCGCUAUGUGCGCUUGAAAAGACCACAAACCCUUCCGCACGAGCGAUCUAUCGUGAUUCAUGGCAUUUAUCAUAAUGUAUUCUUCGCCAAAUGGUGGAGUACUCAAGUCGCAGAACCCCCGAAAUCUGGGGCAGAGAUUUCGAUCAGGCGCGCAAUUAACGCACGACGCAUAAUGUCCAAUGACUUGUCCUGGAUGGCAGCAGAUACGCCGGAAAAUUUGCUACCUGAAAACAUAUGGUAUCCCUCUUUUGCUCGACCAUCCACCUACGAGAGCCUGGCCCAUCUUCAGCCAAAAAUGUUCACGAGGUGUCUCCGGGCUUGUAUUGCAGCAGGAUAUGAUCACACAUGGGAUCAGUUGUUGUUGGAACCUCCCGAGGGUGUGCAGAGUUUCAAAAGCUCUGGCCAUCCCAGCGACCGGGACAGUUUGAAAUUGUGGCGAAUCUCCAGGAUUGUCGAUGCAAACAUUUGGGAAGAAGCGAACUCAGUACCACAGAAAAAGUUUCUGCAGGAGAUUUGUGCUGCCGUACCAGACAUACUCAAUGACCCACCAUAUGGCACAGAUGGCGAUUGGGCAUCAAGCUACACCGCAAGUGACCUACAUCGUUCAAGCUCACCUGAUAUAUUUAUUCAUGAUCCAGUUCAACCAACUUCGGGAAUUGGUCCAUAUGAUGGGUUGGAGGGCGACAUUGGAGACAUUGGACUCGCUGUAUUUGUAAGGGACAAUCUCGAGAUAGAAGCCUGGGAACGAGAGCAGGAGAAAAGAGGGUCGUCCGAAUCUUUCUUGCUUCUGCAGGAGAUAAGGGACGUAUUAGCAACAAUAAGAUCUUCAUAG